AUGCAUUUCAUAAACCGUAGCCAUCAGAACCCAGCCUCUUUCCUGCUCAUAGGAAUCCCUGGCCUGGAGGCAAACCACUUUUGGAUUGCAUUUCCCUUCUGUUCCAUGUAUGCUAUGGCAGUGCUUGGCAACAUGGUGGUGUUGCUGGUUGUUCGUUCAGAGCCCUCACUGCAUCAGCCCAUGUAUCUGUUCCUCUGCAUGCUGUCCAUGAUUGACCUGGUUAUCUCUACUUCCACUGUGCCCAAGCUCCUUGCAAUCUUUUGGACAAAUGCUGCUGAGAUCGCCUUUGAAGCCUGUGCUACCCAAAUGUUCUUUAUUCAUGGCUUCUCUGCUGUAGAAUCUGGUAUCUUGCUAGCAAUGGCCUUUGAUAGAUACUUAGCCAUCUGUCGGCCACUACAUUAUGGGUCAUUGUUGCCCCCAGAGGCUGUAGCCAAGCUGGGAGCUGCUGCUGUGUUUCGUGGCUUGGGGCUUAUGACCCCACUCACUUGCUUACUGGCAAGACUAAAUUACUGUAGUAGAGUAAUAGCACACUCCUAUUGUGAGCACAUGGCAGUGGUAAAGCUGGCUUGUGGGGGCACAAAGCCAAACAACAUCUACGGCAUCACUGCUGCCACACUGGUAGUUGGUACUGACUCCAUCUUCAUUGCUGUCUCCUAUGCACUCAUCCUUAGGGCUGUGUUAGCCCUUUCCUCUAAAGAAGCCAGGGCUAAGACAUUUGGCACUUGUGGAUCCCAUCUGGGUGUCAUCCUUCUCUUCUACACACCUGGACUUUUUUCAUUCUACACACAGCGCUUUGGUCAACAUGUGCCAAGGCAUGUACACAUCCUUCUAGCUGAUCUCUAUCUUGUGGUACCACCCAUGCUCAACCCCAUCAUUUAUGGCAUAAAGACCAAACAGAUCCGUGAUGGAGCCAUCCGACUGCUAAAGAGGGGAGCUGUUGAAUCAUAA